AAGGAAGGCUUGAAUUAGUGGAUUAAUUACCAUAUAAAAUGCUAACAAAAAUAGUAUACAUAUUUGUAUCAAAUCAUCCCUGCUCUCUUCUAUAAAACAGGGGAGCCUUUGAUAUGGAAAGAAUCCUUAGUAUCUCAUUUAAAUUUAGGUUAGUCAAUCUUCCAAAUCUCAUACUAUACUAGAAACGUCACCAACAAUGAAGAAACUUUCCAUCCUCUUUCUGUUUCUUCUUCCUCUCUUAGCCUCAUGCGAGGAGAAGCAGGUCUACAUAGUGUACUUUGGAGAGCAUAAAGGAGAAAAAGCAUUGCAUGAAAUAGAAGAAUUUCAUCACUCAUAUUUGUAUGGAGUGAAACAAACUGAAGAAGAAGCUAAAGCCUCUCUUCUUUACAGCUAUAAGCACAGCAUCAAUGGCUUCGCGGCAUUGCUAAACCCAGAUGAAGCGUCCAAGCUAUCAGAGUUGAAAGAAGUGGUGUCAGUCUUUAAAAGUAACCCAAGAAAGUACUCAGUGCAAACAACAAGAUCAUGGAGAUUUGCAGGCUUGGAAGAAGAGGGACAUAACGUAAAUCAUGGCUUUGGAGAGGGCAGCGACUUACUAAAGAGAGCAGGAUAUGGAAAACAGGUCAUAGUUGGGCUCAUAGAUAGUGGUGUGUGGCCAGAAUCACAAAGUUUCACGGAUGAAGGGAUGGGACCCAUCCCAAAAUCAUGGAAGGGAAUCUGCCAAAAUGGACCUGAUUUUAACUCAUCCCACUGUAACAAGAAAAUUAUUGGAGCUCGAUACUACAUCAAGGGUUUUGAAAACUACUAUGGACCAUUGAAUAUGACUGAGGACUCCAGGUCACCACGUGACAGGGAUGGCCAUGGGACUCAUACAGCGUCCACCGCUGUUGGAAGCCGGGUAAAAAAUGCAGCAGCUUUGGGCGGCUUCGCUCGUGGAACUGCCACGGGUGGGGCUCCGUUAGCUCACCUGGCAAUAUACAAGGUGUGUUGGGCGAUCCCGAACCAAGAAAAGGCUGAAGGCAACACAUGUUUCGAGGAAGAUAUGCUUGCAGCUAUUGAUGAUGCCAUUGGUGAUGGAGUCCAUGUUAUGAGCAUCUCCAUUGGCACCCGAGAACCCACUCCUCUCAAAGAAGAUGGUAUUGCUAUUGGUGCAUUCCAUGCCUUGAAAAAAAACAUUGUGGUGGCGUGUGCUGCUGGGAAUGAAGGCCCUGCCCCAUCUACAUUGUCCAAUCCAAGUCCUUGGGUUAUCACAGUAGGUGCUAGCGGCGUGGACCGUGCAUUUUUGGGACCCCUUGUGCUAGGAAAUGGGAUGAAAAUUGAGGGACAAACUGUUACUCCUUACAAGCUGGACAAAGAUUGCCCAUUAGUGUUUGCAGCAGACGCAGUUGCCUCCAAUGUCCCCAAGAACGGAACAAGGUUUCUCUCCUCCCAAAACAAUUUACGGAGACGUCUUGGUUUAUACCAAUGCCUUCCCAAUUCUCUUUCACCUAGAAAGGUCAGAGGAAAAAUAGUACUGUGCAUGAGAGGAUCUGGAAUGAGAGUUGCCAAAGGAAUGGAGGUGAAAAGGGCUGGAGGUUUUGGUUUCAUCUUAGGAAAUAGCCAAGCAAAUGGGAAUGAUGUAAUUGUGGAUGCGCAUGUUCUUCCUGCAACUUCAGUAGGCUACAAUGAUGCCAUGAAAAUUCUCAACUACAUCCGCUCCACCAAGAAUCCAAUGGCUAGAAUUGGGCUAGCAAGGACAGUUUUACAUUAUAGACCAGCACCAGUCAUGGCUUCAUUUACCAGUAGAGGUCCAAAUGUGAUUCAUCCUUCCAUUCUCAAGCCGGACAUAACAGCUCCAGGAGUAAACAUAUUGGCAGCAUGGAGUGGAGCAACAGCCCCAUCAAAGUUGUAUGAAGAUAAGCGAUUGGUUAAGUAUAACAUUAUUUCUGGAACUUCUAUGGCUUGUCCUCAUGUAGCUGCUGCAGCAGCACUUCUCAGAGCAAUACAUCCUGAAUGGAGCAGUGCUGCUAUAAGAUCUGCCCUCAUGACCACCGCCUGGAUGAAGAACAACAUGGGUCAGCCCAUAGCCGAUCAAUCUGGCAAUGCUGCGACUCCAUUCCAGUUUGGUUCAGGGCACUUCCGUCCAGCAAAGGCAGCAGAUCCUGGUCUAGUAUAUGAUGCAUCUUAUACGGAUUACCUGCUCUAUCUUUGCAGCUAUGGAGUCGAAAACGUUUACCCCAAAUUCAAGUGCCCAGCAGUAUCACCGUCAAUAUACAACUUCAACUAUCCAUCAGUGUCACUUCCUAAGCUCAAUGGCACUCUAAACAUUACAAGGACUGUCACAAACGUUGGUGCUAGCAGUAGUGUCUACUUCUUUAGUGCCAGGCCACCUUUGGGAUUCGCUGUUAAAGCGUCGCCGAGUGUUCUGUUUUUUAAUCAUGUAGGGCAGAAGAAAAGCUUUAUCGUAACAAUAAAAGCUAGGGAAGAUUCCAUGUCAAAUGGUCACAACAAGGGUGAGUAUGCCUUUGGCUGGUACACUUGGUCUAAUGGUCACCAUGAUGUAAGAAGCCCUAUGGCAGUAUCUUUGGCGUAGGGUACUGUCUCCUCCCUCAUUCCAAUUUUUCUUCAGUUCUUGCUUAA